CUGCACCUGCGAGCGCGGGUUGGUAACAAAAUGGCAACGUAUGGUGCUGAUCCUUUAGACAACUAUUUCUAUUCGUAUAACCCCUACAUUGGCAGAUACCCCCGCGCCAAAGACGCGUGGAAAUAUAAAAGUUACAUAUCCCAAUAUGGCGACGCCGAAGCCUUCAACAACCAACAGCGCGCGCAACUCAAGUCCAUCCUGUCCCAAAUUAACCCCAAACUCACUCCGAGGGUGCGCAAGGCCAACACCAAGGACGUGGCGGUGCAGGUGAACCCGAAAAGGACCGCCUCGGUGCAAUGCUCCAUCGGCCCGCGGACUCUCCUCUCCCUGAAGCGGGACCUGCGGCGCCGGAAGAACUCUCCUGACUGCGCUUCUCCAAGCAGCAGCCUCGGCAGUCCCAAAUUCUCCGGUAAUGUUCGAUACCCCCGCACAAUUGCCGUGUACUCCCCUAUCGCGUACCGGAGCAUCACGUCUUUCCUGGUGGACGAAAACACAGAAGCUAAAGGGGAGACCCAAACCCACGAGCCGUCUGAGGACACUGAUGAAGACAACAGCGAAGAAACCGAAGAGAACACAAAAUGCCAAGAACCGCGGAAACAGGCCAAAGUAAAACAGACAAAAAGUGAAGAGGUUCAGACUACCCCCGACGGGUUAAAGGGCAAAGCCCGCGUGCGCUUUCAGUUUCUUGAACAGAAGUACGGAUAUUACCACUGCAGAGAUUGUAAUCUGCGAUGGGAGAGUGCGUAUGUGUGGUGUGUCCAGGGCACAAACAAGGUUUACUUCAAACAGUACUGUCGGAAGUGCCAAAAGGAGUUUAACCCAUAUCGUGUAGAGGACAUCACUUGUCACACCUGUAAGAAGGCCAGAUGCAUCUGUGCAAUAACACCACGGCACGUGGACCCAAAGCGGCCCCACAGACAGGACCUGUGCGGCAGAUGCAAAGGCAAACGGCUCUCCUGCGACAGCACGUUCAGCUUCAAAUACAUCAUAUAGAACUACCAACCUGCCCAUUCACAUGUUGCACAAGUCACUCAUUGGAUCCCCCUCGUGUAUUUGCAGAUGAGAAAAGCUUUAUUUUUUCUUUUGUUUGUGAAUUAGAUUUGUGAUUCAUACCUGACACUUAGCAAAUGUAAUAAAUGGGUAUCUUGCACUCUGAAA